GCUUGGAGCUCUGAUACUCAAUGAUUUCUUAAAUUUAACUGCUGGGAAUUGUGCUCAUGGUUAUGAUUUACAUUAAAUGAAAUGAACUUUUGCUUUUAUUGUGCUCUACAACACUAUUUGACCAUUUCUAUUUUGAGCAUUUUCCUAAACAUGCUUUUAAACAAUGCUUCAAUCAAGGUGACUGAAUUCAUCGUAGGUGGUUUUGACACAACCAAAAUGUCUGUGCUAGUUGGUGUUGUGAUACUUCUUGUCUAUUUUGUAGCUAUUCUCGCCAAUAUAAUGAACAUUGUUGUGAUUAUUUACAACAAGAAAUUGCACAAACCGAUGUAUCUUCUGAUUUGUAACCUUGCUGUUGUUGAUAUAUUGCUCACGUCCAGUGCCAGUCCAACAAUGAUCGGUGUUCUAGUUACUGGUGCUAAAAGAAUAUUGUAUGUGCCAUGUUUGAUGCAAAUGUUUGCUUUUAAUCUGGGGUGGGUGAUGGAAGCCUUUGCUUUAGCAGUCAUGGCGUUUGAUCGAUUGAUUGCUGUUAGUUGUCCUUUUCAGUAUCCCAGAUAUUUAACAAAUGUGCGCACGUUUGUUCUCACGUGUGUUCUGUGGAUUGUUGCCUGUUGUGUUGUGGCUGUAUUUCCUGCAACUGUGAUUCCUCUCCCUCACUGUUACACAGUGCUGAAGUACACUUUCUGUGACUAUGCUGCCAUUGUAAGAACCACUUGUGUUGACCCUGAAUACUAUUUUAAUCUGGUUGCAGUGAUCAUAUUUUUUAUUUUGUUUUUCACUUCAAGUUUUAUUUGCCUCUCUUACAUUGGAAUCAUAUUUUUUGUGAAGUUAUCUUCAAGUACUGAGAGGAAGAAAAUGGGCAGCACUUGUUUGAGUCACUUGAUUGUGGUAACCUGUUAUUACUCUCAGAUAUUUAUUCUUGCUAUCCUGACCAGGUUUGGUGUGGUGUUAACUCUCGAGGAGCGAAAUGGUUUAAUGAUUGGCUUCAGCCUUGUUCCAUCUCUAGUUAAUCCUUUUGUGUACUGUCUGAGAACAAAGGAAAUUAAAUAUAAACUCUUAGCAAUGUUAAAAAAAACUUAG